AUCUAGACACGACACACAGUUCGUACUUGGAGCAUACACGAUAUGCAACUCUACAUCGAUUGACAACUUGAUCUCUCAUCGUGAUCUCCUGAUUGUUCAAUGCAAACUUACCGGAGAUAAAUUUUGAACACGAAUGAAUUUGAACAGUCGUUCGGUUUUCGUGCAAGCGAAUCGUGAGUUUCGAAUUUCAUCUCGCGGCGACAAAGAUACAAAAGGUGUUCCAGCGGUGGAAAGUUUUACAGUUUAACUUUUAUCUCACCAAUGUUACCAACGUGGUCGAGGAAACGUCAUUUCUCUGGCAUAAUCCUGGGAAACUUCCCCGAAGAGAAGUCUAAAGCCAAGAAAAGCAGAGAGAAUGACUCCACGAAAGACGUUUGUGCGCAAACAAUCCCUACUCCGAGGAUGUACCCUGUGGUAUCGCAGAACGCGCUGAUAAGAAUUGAGGAAGCAAUCGACGUGCCGGGAGGAUACACUAACUUCGUAUCAUCUAACACGUGUACGACGACAACCGUUCGAGCCGCUGGAAAUCUUAGCAAAAACUCUUCGACAGAAGUCAUCGAUGUCAAUACAUUAACACAAAGAAGCAUCUCCGUCGCUAAACACGUUGAGAUCGCAGAAACUGGAGGUCGACUCUAUUGCAUCGAUGGAUGUACGAGUACACUUUGCUGGCUGAAAACAAUCGAUAUCGCACAAGAUAUCUCCACAUGUAACGUUAAACUCAUAAGUACUAAGGAAGGAAUAUCCUUAAAAACUAUUAGAAGCAUAAAGGCGGGGGAGUCGUUACAAAUGUGGUUUACCGAAGAGACUCUGCUCAUGUUGAACAUACCCUUUCUACUGCCGAUGAAUAUUCGAAGUAACAAGAGCUACGUAUGUCACAUUUGCGGCAAAAUUUUCGAGUAUCCGAAUCCGCUGAAGCUACAUAUAGCGCUGAAUUGCAAUCGACUGGACAAGACUCACAUUUGGACAUUCCUGACGAAGGGACUCGCCGUUUUGGAAUCUUCAAAAGUGUGCCUAACUAACAAUCUGUAUCCAUCAACGAGCUUCACGUUCGAGCUGUCGUCGACUAACCCGACGAUGACGUUGCCGAUUAACGUGCCCUCACCGAUCCUCGCAGGAACUAUGUAUACCGGAAUGCCGUUGAGAAACGAUUCACCGUGUUCAAAUCAACUCUCACCCCUGUCUUUGAGCCAGCUCUCUUCGAGCUCAUCCUCCACCGAAGUCUCACCCAGUUCGUUGGACCGGAUGGCGCCUGUCGAAGAAUUGGCAUCGAGACAUUCCGCCUUCAAGCCUUAUGUGCCUCAAGAACAGAUACGCAGGAGCCGAUUGACGUCUUACAAUAUGCAUCUAGCCACGAUGACGUCCUUGGAAAGCGAUGCACUUGCUGUGGAUAUGGAGACGAUCGUCAGUAAUGCAGGAAAGUCCAAAGAAGGUCAUCGUUGUAUCUACUGCGGCAAACUCUAUUCUAGAAAGUACGGACUGAAGAUACACAUCAGAACACACACCGGUUACAAGCCGUUGAAAUGCCCGUUCUGCGAGCGCGCUUUUGGAGACCCUAGCAAUCUCAACAAGCACGUCAGACUGCAUACAGACGGCGACACCCCCUACAAGUGCAGUAUAUGCAGCAAGAUAAUGGUCAGAAGGAGAGACUUGGAAAGACACUUGAGAUCAAGGCAUCAACGGGAGCAAGCUGAUAACGCUUCGGAGGACUGCCUACCAACGUAAUCAACAUGCAAGCACUGAAUUUGUGUUGACGUUUAGGUGAACCGAACGACGAAUUUGUAACAUAGCACAAUAAUGUUAAAGAAUGUUUAAUGUUAUCAACUUAGGGGCAAAAAAAGUUGCAUCAUCUCUUUACCGUUGGUCUCUUAAUUAAGCGCUUUAGA